UACGCCUAAGGCGGGAGCUCCUGGAGGCGGAGGCAGCGGGUGGGGGCCUAGUGGAGUGAGGGGUAACAAGAUGGCGACCGAAACGGUGGAGCUCCAUAAGCUGAAGCUUGCUGAACUAAAGCAAGAAUGUCUUGCUCGUGGUUUGGAGACCAAGGGAAUAAAGCAAGAUCUUAUCCACAGACUCCAGGCAUAUCUUGAAGAACAUGCUGAAGAGGAGGCAAAUGAAGAAGAUGUACUGGGAGAUGAAACAGAGGAAGAAGAAACAAAGCCCAUUGAGCUGCCUGUCAAAGAGGAAGAACCCCCUGAAAAAACUGUUGAUGUGGCAGCAGAGAAGAAAGUGGUGAAAAUUACAUCUGAAAUACCACAGACUGAGAGAAUGCAGAAGAGGGCUGAACGAUUCAAUGUACCUGUGAGCUUGGAGAGUAAGAAAGCUGCUCGGGCAGCUAGGUUUGGAAUUUCUUCAGUUCCAACAAAAGGUCUGUCAUCUGAUAACAAACCUAUGGUUAACUUGGAUAAGCUGAAGGAAAGAGCUCAAAGAUUUGGUUUGAAUGUCUCUUCAAUCUCCAGAAAGUCUGAAGAUGAUGAGAAACUGAAAAAGAGGAAGGAGCGAUUUGGGAUUGUCACAAGUUCAGCUGGAACUGGAACCACAGAGGAUACAGAGGUUCAAGUGCUGGAUUGUGUCAUGUGACCAUCCCAAAACUCAGAGCACCCUAUGGCCAUCUUUGCCCUCUGUCACAUAACUUGAAAACUGCCUGAUGGCCUUUUUGCAGUGGUUCCCUCCAGGAAGCCUUGAUCUCAGUUGAAGAAGUUCUUUCCCGGCAUUCCAGUGCCCCUGUCAGCUCCAUACUCCUCAGACACCCUUAACAAAGGCUGUCAUGCACACAAUGUAACAAAUACACAAAAUAAAUGAUAAUUACACUAAUAAUGAUAUGUUCAGAGGGGCACUGGCCAGGUCCACACAUAUCAUAGGUGGGAGGGGGUGCUAACUCCCACUGGGUUGCUGAGCUGUCCCCCAAGCCCCUUUACUCCAUGCCUCUUUGGGGGUAGGGAGGAACAGGGGAAUGAGAGUUCAGCUCACAGAUUUAUGUUCAUAAGAGAAAGACCCCUGCCCCCGCCACCACACACACACACAAAGGUCUUUACUUGGUGGUAUUAAAGGGGCAGUAUUCUAAGUGUCCCCCAUAUUUAAUGGCCCAGCUCUCUAGAAUCUGUAGAAGGAAGAUAUACCUGAUGCUUAUUGCCCAAUCCCUACUCUGCGAAGAUCAAGAGGCAUUUGACCUUGGAGGGAGAUAUCAUCUGUUCUUCACUUCUCUGUUCCUUUCCUUCCACCAAGGAAAUGUGAGUGGUGUUGAUGUGUGUCUUGUUCUCCAGGAUUGGGGCAGAAGGAAGGAUGAAGAACAGGGCCAGAGAGGCUUGGGGUUAGCAUAGCUGCUAUAUGGGUGAAGGCAAGCUGAAGAGCCUAACAGCCCCUGCCCAUUCCUCUACUGAAACACCUUGUUUCACUUUCUCACUAUAAGAAUAGGAAUAAGAUGUUAAAGCUCACCCACAUCACCUUCUCAAGGGUGGUCACAUACCUUUGCCCCUUCCACCAACUGGCCAAGAGGGAGAGUCAUGCUCUUGGGAAGAAUGAGCCAUCCAGGUUUGCUCACCAGCUUGGGCUUUACUUUAGUUCAGUACUGUUUUUAUCAGACCCGUAACUGCUGGCUCUACUUAGAGUGACAGUUUUGCUGAAGGUUCUUACCCCACCUCUCCUGACAUCCUCUAAGCUCUUGCCUGGAGCCAAGAGGCGUGGUGGUGAAGUAAGGAUAGGGUGUGGAUCAGGAGAUUCUCAACUUGGCUUCUAGGCACUGUCCAGCUGGGAGGCAGAGGGGAACUUGUACUCUGAAGCCUGUGACUCCUCUUAAGCCUCACAUCUCUUCACCACUACUCUGGUGCCCUGGUUAUCUGUCCCACAGCGAGAGGUAUUUUAUGUCCAUAAAGUGCCCGUGGUAAGUGCUCAGAAUUCAUCUCUUGGCUGUGGCGGGUGCUGUCAUUUCUCAUUCCAUUGAGGGGAAGAAACUGAGGCACAGCGAGUCCAGAGGAGAAUGGGUCAGGGUUGUGGGAGGAAUUAAUGGGCCUAGCUAGUAACUUGAAAUGGCAACCAGUCUCUGCCUGCUUCCUAGCCUUCCAAACCCGGGAGUCUCCAUCCUUCCCAUCCUCUGUUCUAACUGGCCUUGUCAGAUGCUUUUCCCCACUGUACUUUCCCCUCCCUGCUGCCAGGUACUGUUAGAUUCCAAAAAUAAAAGGAAAAUAAUUAUACACUCUGCUUCCUUGUUCUCCCCUCUUCCACCCUGAGCUUUUGGGGUUAGGGGACUAAAAUAUCCCCCUUCCAGAAUCCCUCCCACCUUGGUCUGCUGGCUUUAUUCCCUAGCCCAGAGCAGUGAUUUGGAUUCAAAUGCCCUGUAACCUUCAGCCUCCUUACUGCUCCUUUCUUGACCUCUCCUAACGCUUUCCAGACCCAGGGGACUCUAGGGUCUCUAUACUCUUUCUUAUUGACCUGAAGAUAGAGGCUGGGAGCAGGGCCAUUCCAGAGGCUCUUUGGUCUCUCUCUUGGCUGAGGGAAUUUGGGCUUAAGCAGGCUGCACCCUCUGGCUAAGUAACUCAGUAUCAUGAGGGUUGACCUGAGGGUUUAAAGUAGCUCUCAUCAUAUAGAUCCUGGAUGUUGAGGGUUCUGUCUCCCACCCCUCUAUCCCCAGCUCUUAAACCCUAACCUCUUACUAUUUCCAUGACAACUGGCUUAAAUUCAACCCAUUUGGCUCAGAAAAGGUUGAGUUAGGGUGAUAAUGGGUUAGAAACUAAACUUCAUGUGUCGACCCUCUUGCCCUUUACUCCCAUUCCCAACCCUGGAGGCUUUAUACAAGUGCUUAAGUGGGUAGGUGUUGGGGAGAGCAGGGUUUGGGGAAUAAGGGAUAAAUGGGGCACAGUGGGCAGGGGCCCUCCUAUUCCAGUAAAGCCAAAUACCAAAAAAA